GGUAACUGUCACAUACUUAAACUAGCUAAUGUGUGUUUUGGCUAAACGACAAGUUUUAUUUGUACCUAAAGAUGGCGUCAAGGAACAUCGACCCUUUGUCGGUGGAGGAGCCUUCAGAAGGCGGAGAAGAGGAGAGGGAGGAAAAGGAGAGAGGAGCAGGAGGAGAGUUGAGCUGGGAGUCUCAGGUCCCAGUGAAGGUGUUGCGAGCUCACCGCGAUGCUGUGACCACAGCUCGAGUCUGCUGCGACAAUCACUGUGUCCUGAGCUGCUCCUCAGACUGCACCGCUGUCCUCUGGGAUGUGGAGAGCUGUCAGCCUCUGAGGACGUUUGAUGGAGUUCACAGUAAAGCCAUCACUGAGUGUGCUCUGAUCCCACACAGCAACAGGAUGGUCACAGUGUCCUGGGAUAAGAAGAUGGUGGCCUGGGACCUCGAGACCGGACUCACUCUGUGGAAAUCGAGGCAGCCCGGCCUGCUGACCUCCUGCAGCUCCUCGUCUGACGGCCGGCUGGUCGUUUGCGCUGUAAAUCCUCAGAAUGGCGUUUCCAUCUGCGACGCCGCCAGCGGACAGAUGCUGCACCACGUCAGCGAUCUUCACCGCUCCUUCAUCACUCGAUGUCGGUUCGACCCUCAGAGCCAGCGAGUGGCCACCGUCUCUGUAGACCGCAGCAUCAAACUGUGGGACCUGCGGGCGCAGAAAACCACCGUGUCCAUUGACAGUAACCAUGGAAACGUCGUCUCAGCCUGCUGCUUCACCAGCAACGGGCACUUCCUGUGCACAGCGUCGUGGGACAAGACGUUGAAGCUGUGGGACCUGCAGGCGGGGGGGUUCCGAUCUCACGGCGGGACGCCGCUGCAGGGAGGCCACGAAGGCAGCGUGAGUGCCUGCUGCCUCGCCGCUGCUGACGCGGACCUCCUGGUGUCCGCCUCCUACGACAGGACUGUUGCUCUCUGGGAUUUGUCGUCUCUCUGUCAGACUCUCGUGCUGAAGGGCCACAGUGAUUGGGUGACAGAUGUGUCAGUGAGUGCUGACAGGAAGUUGGUGGCUUCUUCCUCCAAGGACGGGACUGUUCGACUGUGGGACAUAGAGAACAUGGAAGAAAUCCCAGAGGUCAUGAAGAAGAGGAACGCUCAGGGAGCGGGAAUUCACAUCCUCAAGUGUGAAGAGUGUGGAAAGCCGUUCCCAUUGUCCAGACUGCUGACCUCAGAGCUGCUCACGCAGUGCGUCUUCUGUCGCCUCAAAUCGCCACCCAGAUACCGACCGCAGCCGCCACCACUUACAUGACUUCCUGUGCGGGAGGAAAUGUUGUACUAAGUUUUGCAAGGUGUUUGGUGGCUCAUAUAAGCUUUACAUCACUUCCACUUUCCCACGCUGCCAAGCUCAUGAAUCCAGUCUGAGGUGUUUCUGUGUGGACUUCAUAUGUUCUGCUGCGUCUGUGGGUCCUUCCUAGUCUAAAGACAUGCGUGUGAUGAUUCGAAGUUGCCCGUCUGUGUAAGCUCUCCAGGAUGUACCCAGCUGACCCACGU